AUGGCGUCAGAACAAGCGAAACCGAGGACACCUAAAAGACCAAUAAGUAGCCACGAGGUCGAAGACUCGGCUGAGGGUAAAUUCCCACGGUUGGAUCCUGAAAUUUCGUCCAGAAAAGUCGGUCAAUUUAACUGGCGCGAGUGCCGUGACUUUACGGAGUUUGUGAAAGCAGCCAAAAUGCAUCAAGUCCAUGCUUCCAGCAAGAAAAUCGAAUUUGAAGAUUCAGGCUGUGCCUUACCUCAGUUUAUUCUUAAACAGGCAACCAAAUACUUGCGUGAUGUUCAAGUAGAACUCAUGGAGAAAGGCUAUACUGGGAUUGAAUGGAUGAAUCUGCCGCCAUCAGGUCCAACAGAACCGACACAACACGAUCAGGUUGUCUCGAUCUAUUUCGAAUGCCUCGAGAUAUUCCCAUUCGUACGAGAACUGGACCUAGAGAAAUAUUAUGAGGCCCUGCAGAGGUGGUUCCCUCUCCGUUCUCCACCAUCUCAAGGCUUUGUCAACGCGGAUGUGGUGAUAGAUGCGUUCCACCGCGAUCCAAAACCAGGGCGCGAUAUUACGAGCACGAUUUACCAGCAAAUUUACAACUACUAUUCCGAUUUCGACUCUGCCAUUCACCUCGCCCCGUAUACCUCAAUUGUCGGGCCAAGCGGAAUCGGGAAGAGCUUCGUGGUAGAACAGAUUGCUCGAGAACAUCUGCACGUUAAGCUCUGCAGGGAAAUGGGGAUUACCCCCAUGGAAUUUUUCGAGCUCCAGGCAGCGGGCAGUCUUCGGCGAUUGAGGAGUGGCGAGCCAGGAUUCAACUACCAGACGUAUCUCAACCAGAUCUUGGAUGGUUACGAAGACAAAACCAAGAAAGUCUUCGGAGAUAUUCUUGGACCACUUCGAGGCACCAUUAAAGAUCCCAGAGCUGUUGAAAGCAUAGAAGAAUUGGCCCCAAAGCCCGGCAAUCCAGAGGCUGUUGUGUGUCUCGACCAGGCACGUCAUCUCCUUUCCGAAAUGAAUCGUGAAGUGGAACUUUUGGAGGAGCCUGACAUGAGGUUCACCGCGUUCAUCAGAGCGACAAGGCAUCAAACAAGCGUUCAAAGACCCAUUGACGGCCACAAUACUGAUAACAAUCGGUUCUUUGCGCUCCUGUUAGACACCACAUCCAGAGUGUCCUCCUUCGCCCCACCCCGAGAGCAUGAUCCGACUAAAUUCCUGCGCCGCGAGGAGUUGUUUCCUCCAAUCUAUCAAAUUCACACCUUUGACCUUCUCAAAAGGAACCCGGACCGGGUACUGAAGUUGGAAAAGACUAUUGACGUAAAAGCUCUUUUCUGUCUCGGUAGACCAAUGUGGGGUGCAUAUCUGGAAGCGGGUCAGAGUCUGAAGGCAGUGCAGAGACUGGCGCUCGAAGAUUGGUGGUGGCCCGAAUACAAGCAACUGGAAAGUAUUAUGUCCAACCGCCUUCAAAGCUGUAUGGAAGAAGACAGCGAAUUGAAGCGUCUAUGGACUGAUGGUUAUGUAUUUUUCAAUCACUUUGAGAGGUUCGAAGAGGACCCCAAUGAAGACAGCGUGCGACUAGCAUACCGUCGUAGAAUGGGAAUCAUCUGUCCAUUGGGAUACAAGGGAUGUGAUCUCAUUAUCCCAGUCGCUUUACCGGAGGAUAACAGCUUGAGUUAUUUUGUUGUCCAGGUUAAAAACCGGAGGGACAGUAGUCUGACAGACUGUCUUCGGGAUGAAGCAAGCUCUGCGCUGAAGUCGGCUGUACAGCUACUUCCAAAGACUUCAGGAUACGUGUCAAAGUUAAUGUCCCUUCGUUGUAGAGAGGACCAAAACAAAAUUGAACUGGCCUAUCCCAAGCUGUGCCCUGAACAGCAGCCCAACACGAGAAGGUCAGCGGCCAGGUCUCUCGGGGGUAGCAGCUCGGAGCCGCAAUUGCUGUACGAUUGGGAUGAGGAACCAAGAAGGGUCUUGCUGGUAGCUACGGGAAUCGAUCUCCAACUUUAUCCGGGGAUUGGGUUUGCUAGUAACCCUGAGGAGGAACCCGAAUCAAAAGAGAUUGUGGGCAUUCUGAGGCGCGUACUACACUGCACUUCGGACGUCAUGACUGAUAGGAAAACUGCCUAUCACGGCAAUUUGUCAGACUAUUGUAAAGGGAAGACUAGAUCUGACGUUAACUAA